AUGGCUCCAAGCACUUGCUGUGGAAAGAGCGGGGAGGGUUGCGUCUGCGCGACCCAAGCCAAGUGCUCUUGCGGCGAAAAAUCUGCUCUUCACUGCACGUGUGGAAAAGCUGCAACAGAAAACGCGAUCGAAGGAUCUCGCUGCUCUUGUCGUGCACGCCCCGCUGGCCAGUGUACUUGUGAUCGCGCUUCGACAGAGAAUUCGACUCCUGCUGGAUCACUGUGCUCCUGUGGUGCAAGACCUGCUGACGCCUGUACCUGCGAGAAAGCAAGUGACGGAGGAAUAAACCCCAACGAAAUAGACUUCACGACCGCGAAGUAA